CCAAACCAAUUACUCUAGAACAAUACCAACGACCACUGGCAUCCCAUCCUCGUCAUAGUGUAAUCCGCCAUACUUGUAUUUUGUCCUGCAUCCGUCACGCCCCGUACGGUCCUGUCACGGGAGAGAAUCCUGCACGCUGUGCAACGCUCCCACUAGCGGCUGGUCCAGUCGCUGGCAGCUUUCCCCGCAUCUCAGCCAGCCACAAGUCCACAACCAGUUCGCCGGCUGAUGCGUGAACCCCGAUGGCCGAGAUCGCAUCCAGAAUGCAGCGAUUACCUGGCUGGCUGAGGAGCAGGGAAGACAUGGACGAGCUGGGCCUGGGCUUUUGGGUUAUGUAUGUAUAUGGAGAUCUUUCCCGAUUAUUUCGAUCUGCGUUUGCUGAGGUUGACCCUCCCCCCUCUACUCCAAUAUACCAUCUCCUAAGGUAUCUCGACUGGGUAUACCCACAGCCCCGAUAAGACGAUGGAACACCUCCCCCUCCCCACGGGUGUGUCCCAUUUCAUCACUGCCCCCUACGAAGCCCCACCCAGCGAAUGGUUUACACGAAAUCACUCCUUCCUCAGCUACCCCGCGCACCGCGGCUACAGCGAAGAGAACCUCCGCGGCGGCGACGACGUCUGCCAGGAGGACCUCGACGACCCAGAGGGAUUCUGGAAACAUUCCGAUAAGCAGCUCGCGAAAGUCGAGCAGUUCUUCCAGACGUGGCUAUUCUUCGGGUUGGCCAUUGAUGUGUUGAGUGUCGGAGAUGUCGCGGUUACAACGGAGGAUUUCCUCAAGUCUGCUGCGGUGGGGAAGGCGCGGAUCGUCGAUACCUCAAAACUACCGGCCUUGCUCGUCCGGUGGGAGAAGAAUAUCCAAAGAAAGCAAGGCCAAGGCGACAUCUACCUCGCCCUACACGCUUGCUUCGAAAAAGCCGCCGAGAUCCUCGACCGCUUCUGCCGGAUCCCCUCCCCCAGUUCCUCCGACGAACGCGCCCUCUUCCCACUCAACACGACAAAACCGCGUCCCUGGCCCGUCCGCGACGAAAUCUCCACGACAUGCAUCGCCCUCGUCUGCACACUCCGGCAGGCAGCCAUCCGCGCCUGCGGCGUCGAGCUCCAGAUCGACUCGACGGGCGUCUGGCCGGUGCACGCGCGUUCGGCAAUUCUGGCCCGCCGCCUCGGGCGGAAGCACUGCGUCGCGGACGUCACGACGAUCCUCAAGCAGCUGCCCGUUGACGGACACUACUUCCUCGCGGGGUCGGGCGGGCUGGAUGCCGAGGAGCUCGAUCACCAUGCGAGCUGUGAGCGCCCGCACUGUCUGUAUGAUUAUGAUGGGCAGAUGUAUGUGACGCGGCACACGGGGGAUCAGUAUCAUGUGGAGGGAAGGUGUCCUGAGGAGGUCAAAUAUGGUUGGCAUCUGGGGCCGGAGAGGGGGCAGAAGGAUUGGGUGGAUGCGGUGCGGAAGAUUCUGGGCAGGAAGGACAAGGAUGCGAUCCCCAUUGCGCUGUGGAAUAAGGGGCGCAAGGAGAUUUGGUCGGUGGAGUAUCAUUGUGAUGGGACGCGGAAGCCCGAUUAUGUGGCGAUUUCGCAUGUCUGGGCGCAAGGAAAAGGCAAUCCCAAGGGCAACGCGCUGCCGCUGUGCCAGAUGGAGAAGAUCCAACGCCUCGUCGAGGGCGUCACCUGGGAAGGGCGCAAGGAAGUCCCCGAGAACCCAUACCACAGCAAUGGUGUGGGCUUCUGGAUGGAUACGCUGUGCGUGCCGCCCUCGGGGAUGGACAAGGCGCUGAAUACCAAAGCGAUCGCCUCGAUGCGGCACGUCUACGCGAAUGCAAAGGCCGUCCUCGUCCUCGACGACUGGAUCGAGCAGAUCCGCUACGACUCCUCGACACCGCUCGAGGUCAUUGCGCGGAUCUACACGUCGUAUUGGCACAAGCGGCUGUGGACGCAUCAGGAGGGGUUCCUGCCGCAGGCGCUGUGGUUCCAGUUUGCGGAUCGGGCGGUCGGGGUCAAGGAGAUCAGCACGCGGCUCGACGAGUAUCGGGCGCUGCUCCAGUGCCAGGGGAUGCAUCCCGGGUGGCCGCUUGCUGCGAAUGCGACGCUCGUGCAGGUGUACAGUGGGCUUCCGGAGCUGUUCAAGGGCAUCAAGCCGGAGGACAAGUGGAGGACGUACCCGCUGCUAGCCAUGUCCAUGUCCGAGCGCAAGACGUCGCGGCUGGCGGAUGAGAUCAUCUGCCUCGCGACAAUCAUUGAUAUUCCGCUCGACGACUUUUUCGAGAUCCCCGCCAAGCCAGACGACGCUCUUGCCGGCCAGCGACGCAUGGGGCUGUUCCUCCAGAAACUCGGCAGAUUCGACUCGGGGACCAUCUUCAACAACUACCCCCGCCUCGAGAAACCGGGAUACCGCUGGGCUCCGCGAUCGUUGCUGAACCUGCGCACUGCAGACCUCGCGCCCAGUGAGCCGGGCUGGCCGAACCCCGACGCCCCCUUUGAGGCAAUAUGGGACUUUGAAGCGAGCCGGGAGGAAUGGGGUCUGAGGGUGAAAUACCACGGGUUCAUCAUCAGCUUCACAGACAAGAGACCAUCCCUGACGGCGGCCGAACGAGGCUGCGCGAUCCGAUGCGAGGAGGUCGGGGACUCGUGGAUGGCGGUGGAGGGGUGGUGGUUUGUCGUGCAGCUUCCACCCAACGAUGUCGAAUGGCGGAUGCAUCAAGAGUACGCGGUGAUUCUGUCGCGGGUGCCGGAUCCGCAGAACAAGGGCCAGCGCGUGCCGGCUGCUGUGGCAUCGGUGGAGGCGUCUCGCUCUGAUGGGGGCGAAAGGCACCUGGUCGCCCACGAGUCCAUCGCGACGGUUUGGGUGCAGGAGACGGCGCCCGACUGGGUGGAUCAGUUCGAGAAGCCGCUGCUGUCGAGUGUUACGGAGUGGGUGGUUACUUGA